AAAUCACAGAAGAAUCGCAAAUUUAGAGGACGAAGGAAAAGCCCCCAGGAUCACGCAGCCAUUAACGAAAGCCUGUUAGAAGGCUCUGAACUUCAAUCUCGGGAGAACACCCUCUGCGAGAUCUUGUUAAAGCAGCUCUGUGUCCUCUUACCCUCUUCAAAUAUGGCCGCCAAGCUCCAGUUUCCUUUACCUCCUGAGCCUGGGCAGCUGUGGCUUAACGCCCACUUCCAAAAGGGCCUCCUCUCGCGAGACUGCGGUUCUGAGUGCGCAGGCGCAAACGCAAGCCCUUUCUCCGGCGAGAUGGCGAUGGGGUUGAUGUGCGGACGCCGGGAGCUUCUGCGCUUGCUACAGCCUCAGCGUCAAUUCCACAGCGUCGCAGGGCUCCGCCAAUGGCCACGGAAGCCGCUGACACCCGGGCUCCGGUUCCCAGCCGGCCGGCGCUGCGGACACCCACAUUAUGUCCUCCUCGCGGCCCCAGGCCCCCGGGGCCUCAGUACCUCUGCCAUAUUUUAUGCAGAAGCCCAGGUUCAGGCUCCUCCAGUUACUCCUGCAACUCCCCCACCCACAGCAGUACCUGAGGUGGCUUCUGGAGAAACUGCAGAUAUAGUCCAAGCUGCUGCAGAACAGAGCUUCAGUGAACUUGGUUUGGGGUCAUACACGCCAGUGGGACUGAUCCAGAACUUACUGGAAUUUAUGCACGUUAACCUAGGCCUGCCUUGGUGGGGGGCCAUUGCUACAUGUACAGUCCUUGCCCGUUGCCUGGUGUUUCCUCUCAUCGUGAAGGGCCAGCGAGAGGCAGCCAAGAUCCACAACCACUUGCCAGAGAUUCAGAAGUUUUCCACUCGAAUCAGAGAAGCCAAGUUGACAGGAAACCACACUGAGUUUUACAGGGCCUCCUCGGAAAUGACGUUCUACCAGAAAAAGCAUGAUAUUAAACUCUUUAAACCUCUUAUUCUGCCUUUGACUCAGGCCCCGAUCUUCAUCUCCUUCUUCAUUGCUUUGAGGGAAAUGGCCAACCUUCCUGUGCCCAGCCUGCAGACAGGUGGUCUCUGGUGGUUCCAAGAUCUCACACUAUCUGACCCCACCUACAUAUUACCCCUGGUGGUCACUGCUACAAUGUGGGGUGUCCUUGAGUUAGGUGCAGAAACUGGCAUGCAAAGUUCUGACCUUCAGUGGAUGAGAAAUUUUAUCAGAUUGAUGCCCCUGGCAGUCUUGCCCAUAACUAUCCAUUUUCCCUCUGCAGUGUUCAUGUAUUGGUUCUCCUCCAACAUGUUUUCCCUGGGCCAGGUGCUUUGCCUCCGUAUUCCAGCCGUCCGCACAGUACUUAAAAUCCCCCAGCGUGUUGUACAUGACUCUAGCACAUUACUUCCACGGGAAGGCUUCAUUAAGAGCUUCAAAAGAGGUUGGAAGAAUGCUGAAAUGGCACAUCAGCUACAAGAGCGGGAACGACGCAUGCAGAAUCACUUGGAGCUAGCAGCCAGGGGUCCUUUACGCCAGACUUUUACCCACAACCCUCUGCUACAGCCUGGAAAGAAUGACGCUCCCGUCACCACUAACAGCAGUAGCAACAAACCAAAGGCAAAGCAUCCCUGGCGUGACACACUUGGCUGAAUUCUGUUCCCUCCUCGUACUGGCAGGAACUCUCUCUCUCUUCAGAGAACUCAGCCUUAGAAUGAGAUUUGAUGCUGGGUCCUUGCCCCAGACCUAGAAACCGUGGGACAUGUUGAUCUUCACUUUAAAAGUGGAUUCUGCUCCAGACUCUUCCACCUAAGUGUAAGAGAGCACUGGGGAACCAAGUGAUCUUCCCAUCCACAGAGUUAAUAGACCUCUGUACUACCCUCUGCUUUUGGAUGCUUAUUAAACAGGGAAAUGGAUUGUGUGCUUCAGAAAAAAACAAUAGGUUGGGUGGUGAUUGCUCUUGCUGGCCUAUGCUCUUAGGAGGUAUCUCAGUGUUGUAACCUGGUAUGAAGGGCUUAGAUGUGUUGUCCUGUCCAUACUUGCCGUAUAGUCAGAAAUGCGUCUGUUAAGUGGAGAUUCUAUCUGGAGGAACCACAUUCAUUUACUCCAAGAUUAUAUAUAAAAAGUAGAUGUGUUCAAGUUUUUAAUCAUAAUUAAGAACAGAAGUUGAUAGAGCUUUUAGCUAACAAGCUAAUAUUUUGCUAUAGCAGCUUAGGUGUUUUCUUCAGUAGAGAUGGUUGUAUCAGCUUUCAGCAUUUGGCUUGAGAGGGAAGAAAUACUCAGAUACUUUCUACAGACGAUUGUUUCUAGUGUUCCUGCCAGGCUAAUGUGAGCUGUCCUCAAGACACUAUAUAAAAAUGAAGCCACUGAGAGCUCAGGAUCAUACCCUUUUAUUGCCCAGUACCUGUGACAGUUUCAUGUCUCUAAAGGAGACUGGAAAUUUGGAGCAUUAUUAGAUCUUUCAACAGAAAGGAAUGGGCAGGCACCCCAGAGGUGAGUGACUAUCUUAAUACAUGGCAGCGUGCUGCCAGAACAACCAAGCCCACACCUGGCAUGCUCCCCAUCACAGUCUGCUUUAUCAUCCCUUUAAAAGAAACCUGGAACAAUAUGUAGCAAAACAAAUAAAUUACUCUCCAUUUCUCAAAAGGCAAGUUCAGAGGUUGGUGAAGCUGCCUAGGAGGCUUCUAGUAGCUGCCUCCAAUGAAGUGAGCUUUCCUCUCAACUUCUUGGCUCUGGCUGGUAGGAGAUAAAAGAGGCCCCUGCUUUCCACAUCUCAAGAUUCCUUGUGAUGUUUAAUUAGACUUGGGAUCUUGUUGCUUGAGCAUCUCUCCUCCAUCUUCCAAAUCCAUCUCUGCAGCAACUGACAUACACAGGACCUGAAGGUACCAUGUGAUGGAUGCUACAAAGAGAAGUUUGAGUCAGAACUGAGAAGAGGUCAGGUGGGCUGAGUUCAAGUGGCACUGAAUGGGACUAGGCCUGGGGGGGACAGUUAAGCCUUAACAAUAGGUAGGCACUAUAGCAAAGACAAGUUGGGAGACUAGAUUUGCAGAAAAAGUCAAAAAAAAAAAAAA